UUGUGAAGGAAAUCUGUCCAAUGGAUCAUUUUAAAGCGUUUUUGCUGACAAUACGAAGGAUAAAAUCCAGGUAGUAAGUUAACUUAUGACGUAUUUUCUCCUUCGCACUUCCGGCUUUCGCAAUCGCACAGUAUGCUGAUUUCGACGAAGAUGGCUUCACAGAAUAUCAAGAGCGAAAGCCAAGGCGGAAAAAAGAAAGGGGCCAGACCGCAUCUUUUAAACAAGCUUGAAGGUUUUAAAGAUGCUAUUAACAUGGCUUGCUUUGUACCUCACGAAGAUGCAGUUAUCACAGUGUCUUCAGACAAAAGCCUCAGAGUCUGGAUAAAAAGAGACAGUGGGCAAUAUUGGCCUAGUAUUUGUCAUUUCAUGCCAGUUCCUUGCACAUGCCUGUUUUACCAUGGUGAAAGCAGCAAGUUAUUUGUUGGACUUACAAAUGGAACUAUUGCAGAAAUGAAACUUUCAGAAGAUCUAAAUAGAUUAAGCCAUGAAAGAAAUUAUCUAGCUCAUACAAAGACAGUAAAAUCGAUUAUAUACUCAGAUGAGUACCGCUGGCUUCUGAGUUGUGGCAAUGAUAAAUAUUUUCAAUGGCAUAGCACUGUUGAAGGAAGAAGGUUUGGUGGGUACAACACAACAGCCUGGUGUACUUGUAUGCAGUUUGAUGCUGAUGCAAAAUAUGUAUUUGUUGGAGAUUUUAGUGGACAAAUAAGCGUUUUAAGGUUAAGCGAUGAGGAAAAAAGCUUGACUCAUGUCACCACAUUGAAAGGACAUUCAGGAAGCAUCCAGUGUUUGACAUGGGAUUCUGAUAAUAAGUGGCUGUUUUCUGGGAGCUUCGACCAGUCCGUAAUAAUUUGGGAUAUUGGAGGGAAACAAGGAACUGCAUUAGAGCUCCAGGGACAUGUAAACAAAGUUAGGGGUUUGGCCUACGUGCCUCAAUGUAAAAAGUUAUUUUCUGGAAGCGAAGAUCAGAUCCUCGUUAUCUGGGAUAUGAAGACAAAAAGAGAUGAAACACCAAAUUGGUCGCAAAGCGAUAUUUGCGAAAAAUGUUCACAACCCUUUUUCUGGAAUUUCAAACACAUGAUGGAGAAAAAAGUUAUAGGUGUAAGACAACACCAUUGUCGACGAUGCGGACGUGCAGUUUGCAAUAAAUGCAGCGAAAAAGCGUCACCUUUACCUCUCCUUGGGUUUGAAUUCGACGUAAGACUCUGUGAAGAAUGUCAUAAUCAGUUAACCGAAAAAGAAACUACAUCAUUGGCAGUUUUCCACGAUACAAAACACAUGAUCACUGACAUGUCGCUUGAUCUCAGCAAAGGCAGGCUGCUCACGUGUGGUGCUGAUAAAGUCGUUAAGAUUUGGGACAUCAGACCAAUGCUCCAAGAUGUUCGAUAGCCAAUGUAGAUAUUGUUAUAGCAAGAAACCAUAAAUGUCCUAUAAUUAUAAGCUUACCACGCAAAUCACAGUUCAUGAUUCCAAGAAGGCUUUGUAUGACUGGUGUUCACUUACCACCUCCCAAUUAAUCACAAUAUCUUGUAUCAUAACUUGUAAAAAGUAAAGAAUUUGCAGAACAAUUUGUUAUUUGAUCUUCCUUAUAUGAACCAAAUGUCAACAUUUUUCUUACUUCACGUAACUAUUGUGUAUGCUUUUCUCUGUAGUGUAGUACAGGUAGAAAAAUGAUUUCCAAAUCCAUACAUAUUGAUGUAGAUAGAUUUUAGAUAAAAAACUUCCUUUAAAGAUAUAAUUUCAUCCUCAGCAUUAUAUUUAGAAAGGAAAGAACCAAUGUAGCUUAGUAUCCUUAUUUUUGUUUUUUAUUUGGUUCUAUUGAGUGUUGUGAUAAAAUAUCUUUAGUUUCAUUUUUUAAUAAAAAGCAUUAUUUGUCCAGCUAAAUCAAAUUCUAAAACGAAAACUUCGUAAGAUGACGUGGUGUACUGGAACUAGUUAAAUACGUAUAUAUAUAUAAGUAUUAUCAUACAAGGUACGGUACCCUAAUUAGAUCAUUAAUAGCCAAGAGUUUGUUUGUUGAUAAACUGCCCUAAUUAAUUUAUCCCAUGAUGCAUUAAGGAAUGUAGCCAGUCAAGCAUGCUUUAAGCAUGUUUGUGACACACAUUAUAUCAUAUACACGCUCAAGCGAAGUGCUCCCGCUAUGCCAGCCAGCUAGCUUCUUGAGUAUAAAGUUCUCAACCUGCUUUAAGUAAGAUCCAAUCAAAUCAAAUCUCUUCGGGCUUUCUUCGAGUGUUAAUGCAUUGGAUAUAAGAUAAUUUGUUGGUAAUUAUGAGAUAUCAGAACCAUUCCAGUUAGCCAUGCAAGCUACUCUCCAUGUAAACAUUCCCUUCAAGAGGUAUCAUAGUUUUUGAUGAUUGUAAUAAAGCUCUGGCAUUAGCAAGAAUUAGCUUUGAAGCAGUAGCAGUAGCAAGUUAAAAUCUUUUUUUUGUCAUUUUUAAAACAAAGAAUCGGCAUAAUGAACUUGAGUUAAAUAACAAUUCUUAAUAACUGA